AUGCAAGUUUUCUUUAAAAUAUCUCAAUUUUUCGGAUUUAUCCUCACAGAAAUUUUGAACAUUCUCCUGCUUUAUCUAAUUUUUACAAAAGCAUCGACUAGAUUUGGGUCUUAUAAAUAUUUGAUGAUAUCAUAUGCUGUCUACUCGUUGAUCUACGCGUUGGUGGAAAUUUUGACGCAACCGAUAAUUCACGUUCAUGACGCAAGUGUUUUUCUUUAUGUUGAUAGCUUUUUGAAACAUGAAACAACAAUUUCAAAUCAGCUCGCAGCAAUUUAUUGUGCCAGUUUUUCUCUUUGUAUUUCUCUGCUUGCUACUCAUUUUGCAUUCAGAUAUUUUGCAGUGUGCAGCCCCCAUUACCUACACUAUGUCGAUGGUUGGAGAUUGCUGAAAAUCUACAUUUUUCCAAUAGUCUUGUCUACAAUUUGGUAUUUAACUAAUGGAUUUUUGUGUGGGCCAGCUGAUUUUAAAACCGAUUUUGUUAAAAAAGAUAUUCUGGAAAAAUAUAAUGAAGAUUUUUCAAAAGUUGGCUACAUUGGCUAUCUGUAUUAUUACACUGACAUUUUCGGGAAUUUGAUAAUAAAUUGGUUGGAUUUUCUUGGGUGCUCUAUAAAUCUUUUAAUUAUGGCAUCUUGUAUUGGUACUAUAAUCAUAUGUGGUUUGAAAACUUAUUGGUGUAUGGGGAAAGAUAGGAAGAAAAUGAGCAAACGGACCAAGGAGCUUAAUGAUCAGCUGUUCAAGACAUUGGUCGUACAGACACUUAUCCCGAUUUGCACAAUGUUCGCCCCCGUUGGAACUGUAAUAGUACUACCGAUUUUUUCUAUUCAAAUUCCUCCAGCAAUUGCAAAUAUACCAAGUUUGUACGCCGGGCUCUAUCCGGGACUCGACGCUGCAGUCGCAAUUUUCAUGAUUCGAGACUUUCGGGAUGCGGUAUUUUGCUGGCGACGCGUGCUCCCAUCAAUGAUGUCUUCUUCACGUCCGGCAAAACAUACAUCAAGCCAUAUUUCUGUAUAAAUUUUUAUUGAAAUGAGUUAUAAAAUUGUUCUGAAAUA